AUGGAGAAAGAGACGCCAGACCAGAUGACUCGCAUUGCCCGCGAGAUCUCCAUGUCGCCAUCAACAUAUGAAAAGAUCUACCUCUCGCCACCGAACAGCGACACUCGAGAGCUGCGCAAGGCGUUUGCCAAUCCGACUCCUUUAUGUCUUCUGGGCUUCAUCAUGAGCCUAGGACCCUUGUCCUGCGAUCUCAUGGGCUGGAGAGGCGCUGGGGGCAAUGGAUCCUCGUCAAUCGGUGUCUUCUUCUUCAUGGGCGGACUUCUGAUGACUAUCGGCGGAGUCGGCGAGUUCAUCUUGGGCAAUAGCUACCCGUUCAUUGUCUUUUGCGGCUUUGGUGGAUGGUGGUUGAGCUUCGGAGCAACACUGAAACCUUCCUUCGGAGCGUACGGAAACUACUCGCCAGAUCCCACGGAUCCUGCUGCUGGGUUGUCUACCACAGGUUUUCUUGCUGGUUUCGGUAUGUCCACCUACCGCGAGGACAGGGUCAGUCCCUUUUUCACAUGGAGAGUCUUUGAAGAACAUAUUAGACUGACGUUCGGGGUUCUGUACCUAGGAUUUUUCCUCCUCUUCAUGGCCCUCUUCUGCUUGGUCUGCCUCAUCUGUGCUCUGAAGCUGAACAUCUGUCUGGUCAUCAUCCACAGUACCCUGGUCAUUUGCUUCUGCCUGCUCACAGGUUCGUUUUGGCAUUCAGCGGAAGUGGGAACAGAAGUCGCGUCGAAGCUACUGAUCGCGGGUGGAGCAUUUGGUUUCGUGUCAACGGCGGCGGCAGGCUAUCUCUUCCUGUCGCAGAUGCUUUUGACCGUCGAAUUUCCUGUUUCUCUUCCUGUGGGCGAUUUGAGCUCGCUCUUUGCGCGUCAUCACAACCAAAUCAAGGGAAAGGCACAAGGAGUGGAUCCUUGA